AUGAGACAAAGAAUAACUAUAUAUAAUCCAAAUUCAAAUAAUAAUGAUAUUAUUAAAAAACUAGAUAAGAAAAAUUUAGAAUUAGCUUUAAAUGAGGGUCAAUUACCAUUUAUUAUUGAAAAUAAGUAUACUAUCCCCAACCCUAGUUUAAAAUUAGACAAAAUUGCAAAAUUUAGAAUUCAUUCAGUUUUCAAUAAUAUUCCAAAUCCAUUAUUUCCAUUCAAUCAAGCUCAUGGAAUAAGUAUAUAUAUGUCACCAACUAAACUAUCCAGUCAAGCUGAUAUUGAUGAAUUUUAUACUGAAUCAAAUUUAUUAAUUGAAGAAUUAUUAGGUAUUAAAACAACUUCCAAAAAUUGGAUAAAUUCAGUUAAUUCAAUUUUCUACUAUGAUUCAACACCCAAAGAUUUAAAAUUCAAUUAUAAAUUGUUUGGUAAUGUACCUAGCUCAAGCAAUUCUAAUUUUGAUUUAUUAUUCGAUGGUGAAAAAUUAACAUUACGUCAAUUAUUCAAUAGUAUAGACUUACAAUUUAAUAAGGAUUCUUCAGAUUAUAAAGAAAUUGGUGUUUUUGCAAUUGAUGAAUCUAUAUCUGAUACAAAAGAUGAUUUAGUUUUGAAUGGUUUCCGAGUAAUUUUUGAUCCAUUAAGUGAUGAAACCGAAAAUGAGGGAAUGCUUCAUAAAACGAUGUUUCAUAUCAAACCAAGACAUAGAUAUUUAAAUAAAAGUAUAGAGUCAACUAUUAAACCAAAUGGAUUGCAUCCUAUCUUAUCUACGAAGUUACAAGAGUCAAAAAUUAUUGAGUCAGAUAUCAAGGAAUGUAAAUUAUACUAUUAUAUCAAUUUAAACAAGUCUUUGAUCUUUGAUCCAUUUCAAUCUAUUCCACAGGGUGCCAAUUUGACUUUAAAUAAUGGUGAGAAGAACUUGGAAUUGCCAGAAUAUAAGAUAAAUAACUGGGGAAAUGAAAUUUUAUUUGAAUUUGAGAAUUAUAAUAAAACAGAGAUUGAUUUCACAUUGCAUUCAAGAUAUCAAUUACCAAAUAAUGAAACUACAAGUACUGAGGUUUUCCAGUCUCAUCCUAAGGUGUUUAUUGGUUGUAAUGUUGAUGAAUUUGAAUUACUUUCUAAAUCUCCAUUUGAUACAAAGGGUUCAAUAGGUGGUAAUUAUGAAAAUUAUUUCACUAAUGAUACUGUAUUCUAUCAUUUUGAAAAGUCAUCAUCUGAUAAUUUGAAAAUUGAUAUACCUCAUGGUACUUCAAAUUUUGAAAAUGUUAAUUUUAUAACUACGGUGUCUAUAAUUUUUGGUAUUGUAAUUAUUGUAAUACCUAUAUUUAAGAAACUAUUUAAUACACCUAGAACUACAGUUGCAAAGAAGAAUGAAUAG